GGGGGGCCAGAGCCGCAGGAUGGCUUCCCCUCUGAGGGACGAAGAGGAGGAGGAGGAGAUGGUGGUGUCUGAGGAGGAAGAAGAGGAGGAAGAGGGCGAAGAGGAGGAGGAGGACGAAGACGAGGAGGACGACGACGAGGAGGGAGCCCGGCACGGGCACGACCGGGGCCGCCACAGCCCCCCCGGCUGCCACCUCUUCCCGCCGCCCCCUCCGCCCCCGCCGCCCCUGCCGCCGCCGCCGCCGCCGCCCCCGCCAGAUGAAGAGGACAUCAGGCUCACCGCUGGUGCUCUGGGCAUAAAGAAGAGGAAACGGGGGCCAAGGAAGCAGAAAGAAAACAAGCCAGGGAAACCCCGGAAGCGCAAGAAACUUGACAGCGAAGAGGAGUUGGGCUCAGAGCGGGAUGACUACCGGGAGAAGUCAGAGAGCGGGGGCAGCGAGUAUGGCACCGGGCCGGGAAGGAAGCGGCGGCGGAAACACCGUGAGAAGAAGGAGAAGAAGACCAAGCGGCGGAGAAAGGGGGAAGGGGAUGGAGGCCAGAAGGUGGAGCAGAAGUCAUCGGCAACAUUGUUGCUGACCUGGGGGCUGGAAGAUGUGGAGCAUGUGUUUUCAGAGGAAGAUUACCAUACACUCACCAACUACAAGGCCUUCAGUCAAUUCAUGAGGCCCCUGAUCGCCAAGAAGAACCCCAAGAUCCCCAUGUCGAAGAUGAUGACCAUUCUGGGAGCCAAAUGGCGGGAGUUCAGUGCCAACAACCCUUUCAAGGGCUCUGCUGCGGCCGUGGCUGCGGCUGCAGCGGCCGCGGCGGCCGCAGUGGCCGAACAGGUGUCGGCCGCCGUCUCUUCGGUCACGACCUCCGCGGCGGUGACGGCGACUUCCCCCGGGCCCCUGGCGCCCCCGCCCCCUCCCGCCCCUGACGCCCAGCCCCCACCCAUCCGCAGAGCCAAAACCAAAGAGGGCAAAGGGCCCGGCCACAAGAGACGCAGUAAGAGCCCACGGGUGCCCGAUGGGCGGAAGAAGCUGCGGGGGAAGAAGAUGGCGCCACUCAAGAUCAAACUGGGACUGCUGGGUGGGAAGCGGAAGAAGGGCACCUCGUUUGGCUUCCAGGGGGAGGAGGCCCCCGAGCCUGAGGCGGAGGAAUCAGACCUGGACAGCGGCAGCGUGCACAGCGCCUCCGGUCGGCCUGACGGUCCCGGCCGCGCCAAGAAGGCCAAGCGUGGGCGGCCAGGGAGGAAGAAGAAGAAGGCGGCUGGGGAGGAGGAGGUGGAUGGCUACGAGACGGAUCACCAGGACUACUGCGAGGUCUGCCAGCAGGGCGGUGAGAUCAUCCUGUGUGACACUUGCCCCCGCGCCUACCAUCUGGUCUGCCUGGACCCCGAGCUUGACCGUGCCCCCGAGGGCAAAUGGAGCUGCCCUCACUGUGAGAAGGAGGGUGUACAGUGGGAGGCCAAGGAGGAGGAGGACGAGGAUGAGGAGGAGCUUGAGGAGGAGGGGGAGAAGGAGGAGGAGGAUGACCACAUGGAGUACUGCCGCGUGUGCAAGGACGGCGGGGAGCUGCUGUGCUGCGACGCCUGCAUCUCCUCUUACCACAUCCACUGCCUCAACCCGCCGCUGCCCGACAUCCCCAACGGGGAGUGGCUCUGCCCCCGCUGCACGUGUCCAGUGCUGAAGGGCCGGGUUCAGAAGAUCCUGUACUGGCGGUGGGGGGAGCCCCCCCCGGCAGUGGCGGCCCCCCGGCUGGCCGAGGGGGACCCCGAGGCCCCGUCCCCCCGCCCGCUGCAAGGCCGCUCGGAGCGCGAGUUCUUCGUUAAGUGGGUCGGGCUGUCUUACUGGCACUGCUCGUGGGCCAAGGAGCUGCAGUUGGAGAUCUUCCACCUGGUGAUGUACAGGAACUACCAGCGGAAGAACGAUAUGGAUGAGCCGCCGCCGUUGGACUACGGCUCCGGGGAGGACGACGGGAAGAGCGACAAGCGCAAGAGCAAAGACCCGCAGUACGCGGACAUGGAGGAGAAGUUCUACCGCUACGGCAUCAAGCCCGAGUGGAUGACUGUACACCGCAUCAUUAACCACAGCAUGGACAAGAAGGGCAAUUACCACUACCUGGUUAAAUGGCGGGACCUUCCCUACGAUCAGUCGACCUGGGAGGAGGACGAGAUGAGUAUCCCCGACUACGACUGUCACAAGCACAGCUACUGGAGGCACCGGGAGCUGAUCAUGGGAGAGGAUCCAGCCCAACCACGCAAAUACAAGAAGAAGAAGAAGGAGCUACAGGGGGACGGGCCGCCCACCUCCCCAACCAAUGAUCCCACAGUAAAGUACGAGAACCAACCGCGGUUCAUCACGGCAACAGGCGGGACGCUGCACUUGUACCAGCUGGAGGGGCUCAACUGGCUGCGCUUCUCCUGGGCGCAGGGCACUGACACCAUCUUGGCCGAUGAGAUGGGCCUGGGCAAGACCAUCCAGACCAUCGUCUUCCUCUACUCCCUCUACAAGGAGGGCCACACGAAAGGCCCCUUCCUGGUGAGCGCCCCGCUUUCCACCAUCAUCAACUGGGAGAGGGAGUUCCAGAUGUGGGCGCCCAAGUUCUACGUGGUGACGUACACGGGGGACAAGGACAGCCGCUCCAUCAUCCGCGAGAAUGAGUUCUCCUUUGAGGAUAACGCCAUGAAGGGGGGCAAGAAGGCGUUUAAAAUGAAGCGGGAGGCCCAGGUGAAAUUCCACGUGCUGCUGACGUCCUAUGAGCUCAUCACCAUCGACCAGGCAGCCCUUGGCUCCAUCCGCUGGGCCUGCCUUGUGGUGGACGAGGCCCACCGGCUCAAGAACAACCAGUCCAAGUUCUUCAGGGUCCUGAAUGGCUACAAGAUUGACCACAAGCUGCUGCUGACGGGGACGCCGCUUCAGAACAACCUGGAGGAGCUGUUUCAUCUGCUCAACUUCCUCACCCCAGAGCGGUUCCAUAACUUGGAGGGCUUCCUGGAGGAGUUUGCCGACAUCUCCAAGGAGGACCAGAUCAAGAAGCUGCACGAUCUCCUGGGGCCCCACAUGCUGCGGAGGCUGAAGGCCGACGUCUUCAAGAACAUGCCGGCCAAGACCGAGCUGAUCGUCCGUGUGGAGCUCAGCCCCAUGCAGAAGAAAUACUACAAGUACAUCCUGACGCGGAACUUUGAGGCGUUGAAUUCGCGGGGCGGUGGCAACCAGGUGUCUCUGCUCAACAUCAUGAUGGACCUGAAGAAGUGCUGCAACCACCCCUACCUCUUCCCCGUGGCCGCCAUGGAGUCUCCCAAGCUGCCCAGUGGGGCCUACGAGGGCGGGGCUCUCAUCAAGUCAUCAGGGAAGCUGAUGCUGCUGCAGAAGAUGCUCCGGAAGCUAAAGGAGCAGGGUCACCGAGUUCUCAUCUUCUCCCAGAUGACCAAGAUGCUGGACCUGUUAGAAGACUUCCUGGACUAUGAAGGCUACAAGUAUGAGAGGAUCGAUGGGGGCAUCACAGGGGCCUUGAGGCAGGAGGCGAUUGACCGCUUCAAUGCGCCCGGGGCCCAGCAGUUCUGCUUCCUCCUGUCCACUCGGGCCGGAGGCCUGGGCAUUAACCUCGCCACCGCCGACACGGUCAUCAUCUUUGACUCGGACUGGAAUCCCCACAACGAUAUCCAGGCCUUCAGCCGGGCCCACCGGAUCGGCCAGGCCAACAAGGUGAUGAUCUACCGGUUCGUGACGCGGGCCUCGGUGGAGGAACGGAUCACCCAGGUGGCCAAGCGGAAGAUGAUGCUGACCCACCUGGUCGUGCGGCCCGGCCUGGGCUCCAAGGCCGGCUCCAUGUCCAAGCAGGAGCUCGACGACAUCCUCAAGUUCGGCACCGAGGAGCUAUUCAAGGACGAGAAUGAGGGGGAGAACAAGGAGGAGGACAGUAGCGUGAUCCACUACGACAACGAGGCCAUCGCCCGGCUGCUGGACAGGAACCAGGACGCCACAGACGACACUGACGUCCAGAACAUGAACGAGUACCUCAGCUCCUUCAAGGUGGCGCAGUACGUGGUCCGCGAGGAGGACAAGAUUGAAGAGAUCGAGCGGGAGAUCAUCAAGCAGGAGGAGAAUGUGGACCCCGACUACUGGGAGAAGCUCCUGCGCCACCACUACGAGCAGCAGCAGGAGGACCUGGCCCGCAACCUGGGCAAGGGCAAGCGUGUCCGCAAGCAGGUCAACUACAACGACGCCGCGCAGGAGGACCAAGACAACCAGUCAGAGUACUCGGUGGGGUCGGAAGAGGAAGAUGAGGACUUCGACGAAAGGCCAGAAGGGAGGCGCCAGUCCAAGCGACAGCUGAGAAACGAGAAGGACAAACCCCUCCCUCCACUGCUGGCCCGGGUUGGGGGCAACAUCGAGGUGCUGGGCUUUAAUACGCGCCAACGCAAGGCUUUCCUGAACGCCGUGAUGCGCUGGGGGAUGCCGCCCCAGGACGCCUUCACCUCCCAGUGGCUUGUACGGGACCUACGGGGCAAGACUGAGAAGGAGUUCAAGGCCUACGUGUCCCUGUUCAUGCGCCACCUGUGUGAGCCGGGGGCUGACGGCUCCGAGACCUUCGCCGACGGCGUCCCCCGCGAGGGGCUGAGUCGCCAGCAGGUGCUCACUCGCAUCGGGGUCAUGUCUCUCGUCAAGAAGAAGGUGCAGGAGUUUGAGCACAUCAAUGGGCGAUGGUCCAUGCCCGAGCUGAUGCCCGAUCCCAGCGCAGAGUCCAAGCGUUCCUCCCGUGCCUCCUCACCCACCAAGACGUCCACGACCACCCCCGAGGCUUCCGCCGCCAACAGCCCCUGCACCUCUAAGCCCGCCACCCCUGCCCCGAGCGAGAAGGACGGGACGGGGACGCCACCCGAGAAGGACGAAGCCGAGAGCCGGGAAGAGAGGUCCGAGAAAGAGGCCAAGGUGGGAGAGAAGAUGGAGACGGAGGCCGAUGGGUCCAGCCCCGCCCCAUCCCCGAGCGACCGGCCGGACCCGAGGAAGACGCCGCUGGAGGAUGAGGACCUGGGGCCCCCGGGAAGCAGGGAGGACAAGGACAGGCCAGGCGCCGAGGUGAUGCCGGGGGACAGGGCGGAGGAGAAACUGCAGGAUGGGGAUGAGCGACAGCGGCCGGAGGGAGAAACAGGGGAGGCGAUCAAGAGAGAGGAGAUCAAGGGGGAGCGGGAUGGCCGGCUCGGGCCCCCCCGGGAAGAUCCCCGGCCCAAUGGGCGGCGGGAGGAGAAGGCGGAGAAGCCACGGUUCAUGUUCAACAUCGCAGAUGGUGGCUUCACGGAGCUGCACACCCUGUGGCAGAACGAGGAGCGGGCGGCCAUCUCCUCAGGGAAGCUCAAUGACAUCUGGCACCGGCGGCAUGACUACUGGCUCCUGGCGGGCAUCGUUCUCCACGGCUACGCCCGGUGGCAGGACAUCCAGAAUGACGCCCAGUUUGCCAUCAUCAACGAGCCGUUCAAGACGGAGGCCAACAAGGGGAACUUCCUGGAGAUGAAAAACAAGUUCCUGGCCAGGAGGUUCAAGCUCCUGGAGCAGGCGCUGGUGAUCGAGGAGCAGCUGCGGCGGGCGGCCUACCUGAACCUGUCCCAGGAGCCGGCGCACCCCGCCAUGGCCCUCCACGCCCGCUUCGCCGAGGCCGAGUGCCUGGCCGAGAGCCACCAGCACCUCUCCAAGGAGUCGCUGGCGGGGAACAAGCCGGCCAACGCCGUCCUGCACAAGGUUCUGAACCAGCUGGAGGAGCUGCUGAGCGACAUGAAGGCGGACGUGACGCGCCUGCCGGCCACGCUGUCCCGCAUCCCCCCCAUCGCCGCCCGGCUCCACAUGUCCGAACGCAGCAUCCUCAGCCGGCUGGCCAGCAAGGGCACGGAGCCCCACCCCACGCCGGCCUUCCCCCCGGGGCCCUACGCAACGCCCCCGGGGUACGGGGCCUUCAGCGCCGCCCCGCUCGCCGGGGGCCUGCCCGCCGGCGGCGCCAACUACAGCCAGAUGCCCACAGGCUCCUUCAUCACAGCCGCCGCCAACGGGCCUCCCGUGCUGGUGAAGAAGGAGAAGGAGGCGGCGGUGGGGGCGGCGGUGGUGGACGGGCCGGAGCGGAAGGAGCCGCGGGCCGGGGAGGUGAUCUGUAUAGACGACUGAGCGGGCCUCGGGCCCGCCCCUCGUCCAGGCCCCGCUCUCGGGGCCGCCCCCCGGCCCCGGGACCCGCC